AUGCGGCACGCUCAAGCUGCGGGUCGGCGGUCUUUCAGGCCAACCAGAUCUCAAGAUGAAGCAUAUCGGCCCCACCCGGUCGAAGGAACGGCGUCCCGCAGCUCGGCUCCGUCGGACAUCGUGUCGCGCGACAGUGCCAUCGCCAUGUCGGAACGGCGAAACAGUUACGAGAUGGCGAUGCGAGUGCCGCUGGCCGUGGCCCGGAACGGAGCGGGUUUCGUGCCGGCCCCUGCCAUUCCAGCGACCAGAAGCCCUCGACUGCACAGGCAGACUCGAGUCGUCCGGAGUCCCAGCGGUGAGAUCGUGACCUGUGUGGAACCCGUGUCUCCCGAUUCCAGUAGGGGCCCGAGGCAUUCGACUUCCUCCCAUGAGGACUUCAUGCAGAGUGACGUGGGGAGGCGCGUUCGUCCGUCGCUCACUCCCCUUCAAGACGAAGGAGAGCUGCCGCCUGGAACACCCCCGAUCCCCGAGCAUCUCCUGGGGACUCCCAUACAAGACGUGGAUCCCACGCUUUCCUACCCGGUCAAGAAAAGGCUGCGUCGACGAAGCCCCAUGCCACACGGCUGGCUUCACGUCCCGCGCCAUCGAAGAGACCGGGGUUCAGGUCCGGAAGCAGCUGACCGUUCGGACCUCAACACCCCGAAACACCUGCGGAACAGAUUCCAGCAGGGUGUUCUGUGCCGACAAAAAUCUUGCAUCAGUCGUCACCAGGGUUCUCAGAAGAAACUGGAGAGCCCUCGAGUCGUAUCUCGAGGGGUGUUGCGUCAUCUGCGGCCGAGGUGCAUCGAGGUGAUGCAUCGAGAUGAUGCAUUGCGUGAUGAGUCGAUGGAGCCGUCUGAAGACGGAACACGACGCCCUGCUGCUUCGAUGAUUCGUCUCGAGGAGGAGAAAGCGGAGGUCAAGAGGGAAAUAAUCGCAGACGAUGGAGAAGAAGAUGGGGAAAGUAUGACACAAAACGAGAAGCCCAAAGCCCUCAACGACUUUCGCCCAGUUGGGUUCUCAUCACCUUUUCUGAAAGCAUUUAAAUACUUCCUCCUGCAGCAGCUGAAUAAAUUUGGAGUGAUCUCGCCUGAUCUAUAUCAGUUUGCUUACCAAGUAUUUCGGUCAACUGAAGAUGCUAUUUUCACGAUCCUCCAGUACAUCAGCCGAGAAUUGAACGAACCUCAGCAGCGAAUAGCGACGUCUGGUUGCGUGAGCGUCUUUCUGUCCUUCCAUCUCAAUCCGCCCGACCACAACUUAGGGACUGAGUCAGGCUUUUUCGGAACUCGACCCGAUCGGUCCCGCCCAGCACCCGACCCGAAACCCGUUUGCUUCGCUGACCCGGCCGAUCGCGAUGGGCCAGCAGCCCUUGGAGGACUCGAACCUCCAGUGCACGGGGGCCCUGUUGGCGAGAGGCGUUCUCGAUUCUUCAUUCGAUGCACUCGGGUGCUCCAAAUUCAGACGACGUUCUGUGUGAUAACAAAGCGAUUCGGAGCCUACUACGUGCAGCGGUUCUACGGCGGGAACGCGUUGCUCUGCCUCUCGCCCUUCAACCCUCUCCGACGUGCAGCCGUCUGGGUCGUCACUCAGUCCUCCUUCGACAUCUUCAUCACGCUGGCCAUCAUCAUCAAUUGCGUCUUCCUUGCCAUGGUCGAUCCUCCGGCCGAAAGCGAGUACGUGUUUCUGGUGAUCUACAUGCUGGAGAUGAUGGUGAAAGUGUUGGCGAAGGGAUUCAUCAGCCACCAAUACACGUAUCUAAGAAACGGCUGGAACUGGUUGGACUUCAUCAUCAUUGUGACCAGCAUCGUGACCUUAUUCGCUCACACCACCGGGGAUUUCUCAGGACUUCGCUCUUUCCGGGUCCUCAGAGCCCUCAAAACCAUCUCCAUCUUCCCUGGGUUACGGACAAUCAUAAACGCCCUGCUGAGUUCGAUGUACCAACUGUUCGAUGUGAUGUUGUUGACGAUGUUUUGCCUGGCUGUGUUCGCCCUCUACGCCCUUCACGUCUUCUCUGGAGUCCUCCACAACAAGUGCGUCCGGGGAUUCUCGCCCGCCUCGACGGAAAACGUUUCGCUUCAGUUCUACGAGUCUGACACGGAUGGGGAGGGGGGGAAGUCCGUGAACAAGGAAACCAGACCAAUAGCACGUGCAAGAUCCAGUGAAUUGGCUGAUGUGGAACGAGGAGCCGGUUGUGUGCGGGAAUGGCACAGGCACAAGAUCGUCUUUUCCUUGACGUUCCGUAACGGUGUGUGCAAUUCUUAUACCAGGGAAUGUCCCUUGGGAUACACGUGCCUGCCGGACGUCGGAUCGAACCCGGACUUCGAUUACACGAAUUUCGACCAUUUUGGCUGGUCCAUACUCAAUACAUUCCGCCUGAUCACGCUCGACGUCUGGGAGGACAUCUACAACAAG